UAAGAAAAUGGAAUCUCCUGCCCCGUUCUUUCAGCAUUGACCGGAAAAGGAGUCCCGUGACAUUUAGCUUUGCUUCAGGUCUGCGGAUGGAAUCUGUCUGCCGUCCCUGGCGUUUCCUGCACGCUUUUCUCCUCCCCGUUUCCUUCCUGCCUUUCCUUUAGAUUCGUGUGUUUGCGCGCACGCAGCGGAGCUUCCAUGGGCCGCUUCCAGUCCGGUAACGCGCUGCUCUUGGGAAUUGGGUUAUUUCUGUCAUCUAAAGUUACUCCUGCAUGUGAGCAGAACGGGGUUAGGACUAGCCGUUAACAAUUACUGUGCAGAAAUUCCCCAAACCGUUUCCUGCCAGCGGCCCUCCACAUCUCGGUUAGCAGCAAGGAUCCGGCCCGCGUUGUUUACCCGUUCCAGCCUGGACACAGGGACGCUUGCCAUGUGUGCGCAAGAGGUGGACUUGCUGGCUCUGGAGAAGGCAGAAAGCUUGGCCCGAGGGGGGGCACUGAAAUGGGCUUCAGUGGUCUUCUGCCAGCCAGAUCAGCUGUCCCGGCUGGGGUUUUACCGCCGACGCGAGGCUCAGAGGAAUGACUCCAUACAGUCCAGAUUAAAGUCGGCUGUGCGCUCCUAUCUGGACGGAGUGGAACAGGGGCUGGUCCAGCUCCGCACCUCCCUAGCGGAGAUACACAUCAUACAGAAGAGUCUGAGCGAAGCUCACGCCGUCUUGGGCGGAAGCCAAGCCACUCUCAGCAACUUCGAGCCGCUCCGGCAGUUGGCGAUGGCGCAUGUACAGCUGUCUGCGGUUACGCAAAGCCUUCCGUGCUUAAGCACAGUCGCUGACAUGGCUUACCAGACGCAUCUCUUGAUUGAGAGAAGAUGUCUUCUGGAGGCUCAUGCCAAGCUGCGUGACUUUGAAAUCCUUCGUGAUGAUGUACUGUACAGACUGCACAGAGCAGCGACCUUGCCGCAUGGAGUGCAGGGGCCCUUAUCAAGCGACCCGCACGGAGUGGGUGCUGAAGGAGCCGUUUCGGCUGCACAGCUGGGAGUGGAGGCUUGGGUACAGGAGCUCUUUGCUGGGGUUCAAGAUCUAAGUGGGGAGCUGGGUCGUGUCGUUUUCUCGUUGGCCGGUUCACCGAUAAGCGUGGCGUUAUCCGAUCCCACGCUCUUGGUCUCCGCUGUCCGUGUUGUCGAACGUGAGGAAUAUUUGGAUGCUGAAGAGUCAAGAGGUCCUCUGCAGAAGCUCUGGAAGCCCCCAGGACGGCCCAAGCACUGGAGGGACGGCUUCUUCCGGGCUCUGGAGAGGGGGGUGCGUGAGAGGCUGCUGCCGUCCGGCUUGGAUGAGGAUCAGGUCACUCCUGCCGGUUUGGUGAGGCAUCUCACGCAACUGCAAGAAAGGCUGCUGGCGGAAAUGCAGGCAGUGUGCUCUGUGCUGACACCAUGUGUUCCUCCGCAUUAUGAAAUAAGCCGCAGCGUAGCAUCGAUAUGUCACCAAGCCGUCGCCGGUCACCUCCGUGAGAUCCUAAGCCUUGAGCUCGCUCACCCGGCCCUGUACUGUGUGCUUCGCUGGAUCCUGGUUGUUUUCCCAAGCGAGGAAAUAAUGGGGCAUCCUGAUCUAUCGCUAGAAGUGGACUUUUCUGAGUUGGGGCCUCUCGUUCCUCCAGAGUUAAUGGAAGAGCAGCUGAGCCGAUACGCCCGCGCCGUGAGGGGCUGCUUGAGUCAGUGGAUGCACAAAGCGCUGGAAGUGGAAUAUAGCGACUGGUUCAGGGAUCAGGAGCCAGAUAAAGACCAGGAAGGAUUCUACCUCUCCAGCCUCCCGCAGCUUCUUAUGCAGAUGCUGGUUGAGAACGUGCGGUUGGCUUCUGCCCUGGGCCCUUGUGUGGAGAGCAGGGUGAGGAUUGUAGCCGUUCAGGAGAUGGAGAACUGCCUGCUCUGGCUGCGAGAGGCACUCGUAAAGUACAGCGCUGAGCAUACGAAAGACAAGUUAGCCCCUGCAUUUUACAUACCCUACCUACUCGCCAUCCUAAACGGCUGCGUUUUGCUGAGCUCUUCCGUAUCUUGCCUUCAGCCGGAGAGCCCCGUGUGUCCGGGUGCGAGGAGAGCAGCCCCCUGCCUGCGGAGCGCGUUGGACAAAACGCAGAAGAAGACCUGCCGCCUUUACCUGGAUGAACUUCAGACAGAGAUGCAGCCCCUGUUUGAGCAGAUCCCGUCGCGGCCGUGGCUUUUCGGUUCGGAUAUUGCUCUUAAAGUCUGUGAGAAGGUGGAGAGCUUCAGCCAGCACCUGUCCGGAGUCCGGCCUCCGCUUUGCCAGUUCCUGCGGACUCAGACAGAGAGGGUGCUCGUCAUUGAGUACGUCAAGGCCCUGCUUCACGGAAAACUGCUGUGCAAGAAUGGCGGAGAGCGGCGGCUCCUGGCGGAGAGGAUGUCUGCUGAUGCGGAGAUGCUGCGAGCGGCCCUCGCUAGGAUGGGUUUAGAGGAGUCCAGUCUCUGCAGCCCUCUUAUCCUCUCUCUUCAAGAACUCUUUGCUCUGAAGGAUCCAUCUUUGCUCAGUCUAGAAGUCUCCAGAUUAAUGGGAGCAUUUCCAGAUAUAAGCGAUGACCAUGUGGUUGCACUCCUGGAAUUGCGGGGCGACGUCACCAAGGAUCUCCGCCAUGAAAUAGUGACCAUGAUGCAUCAGCAGGUGCCGCCGCUCCCUCCGGACUACCAGGCUGUAUUCAUGAGUAUCUCUGUGCCUGCUCCGGCCCCGCCAUUCUGCCUCCACCCCAGCUCAUGUGCUUAGCACCCAAAACUAGGCUGUACGUUGGCCAUUAAAUCAUGUCCCUUGCUUAAUGAGACAAAAGGGGCUGUCAGCUGUCCCCAUUUGUAGUCUUAUGCUGUAGUCGUGCAAGCCUUCAUGCUUUCUGAACCCGCGGCGUCUUAAUGUCACUACAUUCAUUAAACGUGCCAAUGGGAGUUGC